UUUCAAACAGCUUGCGUCGACUGGCUGGUGAUUUUUGGCAGAACAUUUCCCUUUACUAUUACACAGUGUAUUGUUUCCUACGGAUAGUCCUGCUUUUCCUCUCAGAGACUGCUAACACGGUGCUAUGCAGGUUAACCAUGGGACGAUGCACAGGUAAUGCUCUGUGAGCUCCGCACGACGCCAUGUCUGAAGAGGCAAUCUCAGGCAGCGACCUGGAGCCUGGCCUCAACAGCGAAGAGGAAGAUAUGGAGGAGGAAGAAGAAGAAGAGGAGGAGGAGGAUGAGGAGGAAGAGGAGAAGGGUAUGAACGAGGAUGUGGAAGAUGAUGAGAAUGAUGGGGACGACGAGGAAGAUUCAGCUGUGGAGCGGCCUGGCAGUGCCAAAGUUGAAGAUGACCACGCUGGGCCAAGGGAUGCCCUGGACACCCCUCCACCUACCUCACCCCACAGGGCCGCCUCCCCCUCCAGCGCUGCCGGUCAGUCUCCGUCUCGGCCGUCCUCCGGGGCGGCGUCCCAGCCCUCGUCGCGGUCCACGUCGCGGCCCUCCUCCCCCCAGAACUCCCGCCCCCCCUCGGCCGCCGGCUCCCAGCCCCCCUCCAGCCCAGAGAGCCGCUCAGGCACGCCGGCGCCCGGGGGCACCAACAAGAGAUCUUCCAAGCCCGUGCACAUGAGACGCAACAUCAGGAAGCUGCUGAAGGAGCACCAGCUGGAGGCCGUGACGCAGGCCGCCCAGCAGGAGGAGCUAGAGAGGCGGCGGCGCCUGGAGCAGCAGAGGAAGGACUUCCCCAUGGCACCAGCACCCGCCGAGCCCCCCGCCAAUGACAGUGUGUCUCAGAGCAGUGAGGCCCCAAGACCAGCGUCUGCCGCCAGAGGGGAGGUCAUCUGCCUGGACAGCAGUGGGGACGAGGGCGACGUGCCACCCCCGCCUCCGUCUCUGCCCCUCCCCCUCCUCCUCCUCCCCAAGCCCAGAGAUGACGUGAUCGAGCUGAGCUCCGGCGACGACGACGCCCUGCAGAUCAGCAGCGACUCGGACGACGAGGACAAGGACGAGACGCCGGGCGCGGACGAGAGCAGCGGCGCCCACGUGAACGACGCGCUCAACCAGCCCGACGCCCAGGGACGCGUGCUCGUCAACAUGAACCACCCGCCCGAGGAGGACGACCUCUACCUGGCACCACAGCUGGCCCGCGCCGUCAAACCCCACCAGAUUGGUGGGAUCCGGUUCCUGUACGAUAACCUGGUGGAGUCUAUGGAGCGCUACAAGGGCAGCAGUGGCUUCGGCUGCAUCCUGGCGCACAGCAUGGGCCUGGGCAAGACCCUGCAGGUCAUCUCCUUCAUCGACAUCCUGCUGCGCCACACCGGAGCCCACACCGUGCUCGCCAUCGUGCCUGUGAACACACUACAGAACUGGCUGGCGGAGUUCAACCUCUGGCUUCCCACUCCAGAGAGCCUGACCCCUGACAAUGACGAAAGCUACAUCGCCCCGCGCCCCUUCCGAGUACACAUCCUCAACGACGAGCACAAGACCACGGUUGCUCGGGCGAAGGUGGUGGAGGAGUGGAGCAGUGGCGGAGGCGUGCUGCUCAUGGGCUACGAGAUGUACCGGCUGCUGUCCCUCAAGAAGAGCUUCGUCACGGGACGCAAGAGGAAGUCCAAGAAGCCCACCGGGCCCGUCAUCAUCGACCUGGACGAAGAGGACCGGCAGCAGGAGCUGCUCAAAGGCAUUGAGAAGGCCCUGUCCCGGCCGGGUCCCGACGUGGUGAUCUGCGACGAGGGCCACCGCAUCAAGAACUGCCACGCCAGCACGUCGCAGGCGCUGAAGAACAUCCGCUCGCGGCGCCGCGUGGUUCUGACGGGCUACCCGCUGCAGAACAACCUGACGGAGUACUGGUGCAUGGUGGACUUUGUGCGGCCCGACUUCCUGGGCACGCGGCAGGAGUUCAGCAACAUGUUCGAGCGGCCCAUUCUGAACGGGCAGUGCAUGGACAGCACGCCGCAAGACGUCCGGCUCAUGCGCUACCGCAGCCACGUGCUGCACAGCCUGCUGGAGGGCUUCGUGCAGAGACGAGGCCAUGACGUGCUGCGGACCCAGCUGCCGGAUAAGGAGGAGCAUGUGAUCCUGGUGCGCCUGGGCCCCCUGCAGAGGGCGCUCUACACAGAGUUCAUGAGGCGUUUCAGGGACGCGGGCAACAGCGGUUGGCUGGGCCUCAACCCCCUAAAGGCCUUCUGCGUCUGCUGCAAGAUAUGGAACCAUCCAGAUGUUUUGUACGAAGCUCUACAGAAGGAGAACCUUGCUAAUGAGCAGGACCUGGACUUGGAUGACCUCACUUCCCCUGGUAAUGCCCGCUGUGCAGCCCCUGGCAUGAAGGGCAAGUCCGGGGACUCUGGCCAAGGCAAAGGGAACCUGCCCGUACUGGGUGUGAACCCUAUACAGGAGAGAGCCAAUCAGGUCAUCACCUAUGAAUGGGCUAAGGACAUCAUGACCCAUUACCAGCCAGGGAUUCUGGAAAACUCUGCCAAGAUGGUGCUGCUCUUCCACAUGAUUGAUGAGAGUGUCAGCAGAGGAGACAAGAUCUUGGUCUUCAGUCAGAGCCUGUCUACACUCACUGUCAUUGAGGACUUCCUGUCUAAGAGACCGAUGCCAGAAUCCAGAAUUCGACCUGAGAGUUCCACUCAGACCUGGGUGCGCAAUGUCAACUAUUACCGACUGGAUGGAAGCACUUCCACUUCAGAGAGGGAGAGACUCAUCAACCAGUUCAACGACCCAACAAACGACAUGGCUUGGGUUUUCCUCCUCUCCACCAGAGCGGGCUGUCUUGGAGUGAACCUAAUUGGGGCGAACCGCGUGGUGGUCUUCGACGCUUCCUGGAACCCCUGCCACGACGCACAGGCUGUGUGCCGAGUGUAUCGCUACGGGCAACACAAGGCCUGUCACAUCUACCGUCUGGUGUGCGACUUCACCCUGGAGAAGAAGAUCUACGACCGGCAGGUCUCCAAGCAGGGCAUGUCCGACCGUGUAGUGGACGACCUGAACCCCGUGCUCAACUUCACCCGGCGUGAGGUGGAGUCUCUGCUCCAUUUUGUGGAGGAGGAGCCUGAUCCCUCCCAGGGCAUUCUGCAGCGCGAGGAGGAUAUGGAGACAGUUAUCAGAGACACCUGCCAACGCUUCCCACAAUACAUCACCAAGCCCCCCUUCCAGCACGAGUCCCUGCUGAUGGACCGGAAGGACUCGAAGCUGACCAAGGCGGAGAAGCGCGCGGCCAAGAAGAGCUACGAGGACGAGAAGCGAGCGACCGUGGCCUCCUACUCACGACCCUCCUACGCACACUACUACCCAACCAGCGGCCAGACCCUCAGCAACGACCCCGCCUUCAGCCAGCACAACUGGCGUCCUGGGAUUCGCUCGGAUGAGAAGCCGGUGGCGAGUGUGCGGCCAGUUCAGUCCACGCCGAUUCCCAUGAUGCCUCGGCAGGUCUCGCUGGGCAUCGCCGGCUCCAGCUCCGGCGUCAACUUCCCCGUCAACUACCUGCAGAAGGCCGGCGUGUACGUGCAACGCAUCAUCACCACCACCGACAUUGUGAUCCCGGGGGCCAACAGCACUACCGACGUGCAGGCCAGAAUUGGCGCUGGAGAGAGCAUUCACAUCAUCAAAGGCUCCAAAGGUACCUACAUCAGGACCAGUGAUGGUCGCAUCUUCGCCAUCCGCUCCUCGGGGAAGAGCAGGAUCUCAGAGGACGUCUCCAGCACGUCCAGAGCUUCCCAGGGUGCCUCGCUGCUGUCGGUGAGGAAUGGCGGAACGUCGUUGUCCCCGGAGAGAAAGCAGCCUUCCCCGUCUCCCCCGGACAGCCCCGAGAUCCUGCGCGAGCUCCAUCGCUACGAGGAGACCGUCGCCAUGGGAGGGGACCUGUCCCCCGCAGACAGGGGGGAGACGUCCGGUGACGUCCAGCAGCAGCAGCAGCAGCAGCAGCACGGGCACACAGCAGACGCCUACAGCCGGCCGACGCUGGCCCUGGACGAAGGAGACUUGCGCGGCAAGAGGAAGUGGUUCCAAAGACAGCACGGGGGCAAGCGCUCCCUGGGGGCGUCCGAGUUCCCCAGCUUCCCCCUGGGUGGCGGCGGUGGCGGCGGCGGCGGUGGUGGCAGCUCCAUGAGCUUCCCCUCCAUCAACCCGCAGCUGCUGGGGGCGCUGGGCCACAUGAGCCACCCUCUGCUGGGGGGCGGCGCGGGGAACAGGGCUCAGUUCGGAGACGCUCUGGGCGACCUGCACUCCAUGUUCCCCCCGGUGCCCUCGUCAUCCUCAGGGCCUGACGCCGUGGGCCUGGGCGCCACGGGAAACGGACCUCUGCCCAGCUCCUCGGCCUUGGCCUCCACCUCGGCCGCCUCCUCCUCCUCCUCCUCUUCCUCCUCCUCCUCCUCGUCCGCCCUGCCGUCCACCUCUCUGCCCCCCUUCCUGCUCAACCCCAGCAUGGCCAGCAUGCUGUCCGGCAGCUUCCCGCUGCCCUACAGUCCGUCGCUCUUCCCCAGCUCCAGCUCGCUCAUGCCCACCGCCAGCUCCUCUUCCUCCUCGUCCUCCGCCGCCCCCGGCUUCCUGUCCCACUACCCCUCGCCCACCUCCACCCUCCUGGGCGCCGCCCUGGCCAGGCAGGACCCCCCGCACCCUGGCAUGGGCGCCGAGAACGGGGGCAGCAGCUCGGACGACGAUGUCAUUGAAGUGAUGGGUCAGUGAAUCCAAUCCAGUAGAUAUAAUUGGACACACACACACACACAUGCACACACACACAUGCAGUAUAUAUACCCAACUGGGGACCAGCAAGACAAGGAACAGUGAAAUGCACACAGACUCCUUCAUCCAAAUGCUGACCGAUGGCGUCAGUAUAAAUGCUGACCAAUGGCGUCAGUGUAUGCUGGGGGCAGCACUUUAAGGGUUGAAGAAAUUCUACGCGCUCCAAGGGACCAGUUGCUAACCCACUAAGGGUUUCUUUUUCCACGUAACGUAACCCUUUCUUCCAGCUCCUUCCGGUUCUGGUCCUCCACGGACUUUGAAAAAAAUGCGCUGCCCCCGGCGACCACCUGCUACGGUGGCCCACCAAGCCCAUAUCCGUGUUUCUGAACCCUUAUUCUCCAACAUGAGUUUAGCAACAUGAGUCGUUGAUGGGUAGGUACUGUAGCAUUGCCUGCUGACGUGGAGAAUAGGGUAUGACAUCCAUUAUGUUUUUAUUCAUAUUUUGGAGUAAGUAAAACGUGAGUAAGCGGUAUAAGACUCAUGUGCGAUCAUGGUGGGUCAAGUAUGUAAAAAUUACUUGUUUAAAAAAAAUGCUUAAUCAAAGAAUGUACUUUCAUGUUAGCCUUUAUUGACAUUUUGGUUAGGGAUUCAUGUCCUGAUAACAUCUUUUGGUUUAAGCAUCAGCCUUAACUGGGACGCUGUGUUCUGAUUUUGUAGUCUACAGUUGUGUAGCAGCGAAUUCUGUCCCCCUUAAACUUAACGGACAUCACCAUGAAUGUCUAGACUGUUAUUAUUUCUUUGUACGGUUUGUUUUCAGGUGUUGAAGAUAUUGUGGGAAAUUGUUUUCCAGUCAAGUAAUGAUGCACUUCAUGCAAUCGUUAGGAAACAUGCAGCUCCCCAACUUAGCACCCGUCAUUAAGAGUCUACCAGUUAAGUGAUUUCUCUUGUUACAUCAAUUCCCUCUCAUAGGCUGCUUUCCAUAGAAUAUACUCAGUAAUUCAGUACAAAUCAUUACAUUGACAUUCAAAACAUUUCUUUUCUACGUAUUGAUGCUAUUCAUUUUUAACACAUGACCAGUGACAGCAUGUUUUUGGGUUGUCUCUGGGCAUGAAAAUACCCGAGUUAUUUAUUUAAAAAUGUGGAAAGUUAAUUCAUUUGUAUUUUUUAUUAUUUUUGUACGUUAUAGUCAGAUUUUGUUAAAGGUCCCUCUUUGUCUUAACAAGUUCAAGAGGUAUCAGAUGGUAAUACAUGCCCAGUUCAAGAACAGGAUUGUGACACAUGGCACAAAAUCCUCUAACAACAAGGAGCUCCAUGACCAUUCAGAAACCCAACUACACUAGAAUGACAGCACUGAUGGUUGAUAUAGUUUGUACGGAGUCGGUCCAUUCCAAACGGAAAUAGAUUUGGUUAACUCUGAAAGCCUCAUCACGUUUUCUGAGCUACGCACUGUGUUUCGAGUGUGUGCAGUGAGCCACAUUGUGACGCUGCCCGAGCUGUAUUGUGUGACCGUAUACUGGGCACUAGUGUGAGUGUGAGUGUGCUCCUCUGUGGAAGCGAGUCUAAGACCAGCUAUCUGUGAGUGUGCUCCUCUGUGGAAGCGAGUCUAAGACCAGCUAUCUGUGAGUUGCCUCCUUUCGCCGAGCCACAGAGGAGGAGGGAGUGAAGGGAAGAGCCCGGGGGGAGUCAUGAGUCAUGCCUCACUUGUUACUGCAAAGAGGAGAUAUCCAAAACAAUGUUUUAACAAUAAAUCCUACUCUGCUGUAUUCGA